GAAUGUUCUGAACCUGUAAAUGCUGCAAUUAAAAGUCUCUAUUUGACGCCUUCCAUGAAACGAAAACCUAGUUUGUGCAUUGAGAACAUGCCAUCAGAAAUGCUGAUGAAGAUAUUUACCUAUUUGGAUGCUGUGUCCCUCUUGUGUGUUGGUUGUGUGAAUAAGCGCUUCUAUCAUCUGGCCAAUGACAAUAGAAUCUGGCUGAAAAUCUUUUCCAGUUGUUUUCAACCAAAGAGGACAAUUUGGACGAUGAAGUCUGAUCAAGCAGAAACUGUUUCCUUGGACUGUGCUGCUCUACAUGAUAGAAAGCCUGGGUACUGGAAGAAAGAAUACAUCUUCAAACAAAUAGCUGCUGUCAAAACUAGAGUAAUGCGACUUGUUAAACCUGUAGAUCCUUAUACAGGUCUUCCAUGUAAAAACAAAGAAGCUAUGAAAGCCUCUGGCUUGAGUUGGAUAAUUGUUCUAAAGGACAAAAAUGGAAAGGAACAUGUGAUGGAGAAGGCAAACCUACUGUUUAAGGAUACAUCUGUUACUAUACUUUGGUAUAGUACAAGUUGGCCAUGCUUAGACAUCCUGUCAACCCUCAAACUAUUCGGAGUUACACCAUUGCUUCCUGAGCAAAGUAGAGCUCCCAGCAAGAAUGGACCUCGUCGACGUUCCUUAAUUGCUGAAUACCAUCUUGCUAACCUGACUGAAAGUAGCGUAGCAGUUGGUGCUGAUAAGCUUGUCCAACUCUUCAGCCUGAAUCCAGGACUCCUAGUAGGACUUUGGAAGGUAGGAUAAUAUUUAGUUUCAAUAAUUUAUUAUGACUUGAAGAAAUGUAUUCUUUUGUCUU